UCUUCGACAUUGUCUCCUGUGCUACCGCACGUUUCUGCUUUUAUCUAGAAGCUGUUGUGUAAACAUAGUAGGGGAAGAUGUCGAACAUCUAUUUUCCGUUUUUCAUUCUGAUGUGCAGCAUAUGCAUCGGGAAGCUUACUGAGGCUCAGCGAAGGCUCGAGCCUAGCGUACUGGCAGUAGGGGAACAAGCAAGCGUACAUGUGCUGCCAGGACGGACGGCAAUUUUGCAGUGCGUUGUGCGAAACUUGGGAACCAGAGUGGUGAUAUGGCGAUCUUCCAGUUCCAGCGGACCUGAACAGAUGAUCAGCAUUGGAGAGUUUGUGUUCAUUGCCGAUUCACGAUUUCAAACAGCCUUGGGGGAGGAGUCUGGGGGUCUGACCUGGUCUACAUUGACCAUUAGAGAUUCUCAAGUGUCAGACUCUUCCUUGUAUACCUGCGGUGUCUCACACAGUGACACAGCUGGGGCUCAGGUCCGUCUCGUUGUCAGUGAAGGGAACUAAAGCCCAUGAAGGGUGUAUAGUAGGAAUAAAGUGGCAUUGGUUAUAAUAAAUUUUCAAUUUCUGCAUUCAUC